CGAAAAAGCCACUUGAUUGCAAGUAAAAUGAAAUUCGUUAUUUUUGCAUUUUUGCUGGCUGUAGCUAGCACCACCGCUUUACCUAGCACCACCGCUUUACCUCCGAACAACGUUCUACAAGGUGCAAAACCUGUGCUACAACCAAUAUUUGGGUCGCAUGAAGUUUUGAAAGGCGAUUUUCAAACAUAUCUUCAAAACAAUGACGAGAAAACGAUGAAAAACAUCUUCGAAAUAUGUGAUAAUUGGAAAAAGCUCGUUCAAGAUGGAGCUACAUUUUAUCAACAAGAACUAAAAUUACUUGAACUUUCGGAAUCAAUUAAUCCAAAGCUUGCAGGAAUAAACAAACAUUAGUAAGAAUUUUAACUAUGCAAAUAUCAACAUAUGAACAGGUCUAUAGGUGAGAUUGAUAGUAGUGUAUGUUUUAUUAGCGACUUAUAUUAUCGAAUUGAUGUCUUAGCAAAAAUUGCUGAUCUUGUCAAAUUCUACAACUUUGGAACAGACAAUUAUCGUAUAUCUGUUGAAAUAAAUAAAAUAUUCCAAGAU